AUGUUAUCCCAUUGGCGGAAGGUGUACGAUAAAGCGGCCGCCACACCUGCAUCUAUCAUUAAUGAUUCCCUCGAGGCAUCGCCUCUAACUUCAUCCACCUCGACACCAGAUCCAGAUUCACUUGACGAUCAACCGUUGACUCCCAACGACCACGAUCGGUUUACGAUGCCGAUGACCUCUCCUAUCGACAUCGCCACGCCCACAAGGAAUUCCUCGUCUUCACCAUCGUCGCAAGGCCAGAAGCCCACGACGACGACUUCCAAUUUCCUCGAGACCGAUUUUCGGACCUCCGCCAUGAUGAGUAGUGGCGCCGGUUUUGAUUCUGGCAUGUCCAGAUCCAGGCAGGAUUCCUUUGCAGGAGCCAAACCGAUCUCUAUGAAUAUCCCAAAUAGAAACGGAGACACUCGACCGCGGCGAGAGAGUUUGGCUGGGAGCCUGGUACAAGGCAUGAGUUGGGGAGGCGUCUCUGUUGGAAGCUGGAUUCGAGACGACAUAAUCAUGGCGGGUACCUCGCCUUUCCCCUACCAAUCACCCUCCUACCACUCUUCAUCGUAUCUACCGAAACUCGAGGCCAACUUCAUGAAGGAUUUCGCAUGCUGUGGGAAGACAUUGCCAUCACUUCACGACCUUUUACAGCACUACGAAGAGAGCCAUGCGCAACAAACCCCGCAGUCACUGCGGACUGCUUCGUUAGCAGCGCGCGCGCGAGAAAGUUCUACUCCUAACAGCAAGGCAGCAAUUGCCUCACAAGCCUCGUCGGCUGUGCAGCAGCAAGCUCAACAGCAGAACCAACCGCAAGCCCCUCGGCCGCAAGGCUUACAGAUGCCUCAAGGAGGACCGAGCGUAGGAGGAAUCCAGCUAAUGCGACAACAACAGCAGUCGCAGCCCUCCACCCCAGUUCAGAAGAAUGUUCAGCCUGUGGCAGAUACGGAGAUGGAAGGUGUUGAAGACAUGGAAAUGGAUGAUGAGAUGGGCCCUCUGGAUAAUCCCCCGGACACCCCAGUACAGCAGAAUCAGCACCCGGUACAGCCAGUCCAGCCAUCACUCUUUGGACAAGCACCGCAAAGGCCUACUCUGAAUUUGAAUUCCAACGGUCUACAGCACUCUGGACUGCGUACUUCGCAGCCUACAACUCCGGCUACAUCAGGAUUUGGGUUCCAACAUAAUCCCACUGUCUCAUCUGUGAAUACCCCUACACUCAGUGCACAGCCAAUUCAACAGCACCAAGCGCAACAGACGUUUUCACCUGAUACCUCGGUUCCGGGUACUCCAGCCAGAGAAAUGGAAGAUGAUUUCUCAAACUUAAUGCACAUGAACAUGGCCAACAUGAACUUUGGCUAUGGUUUCCCAGGAAACGAUAUGGGUAUCGAUCUGUGUAUAGAUGAGCCAGCGAAGCGAUUGUACAGUCCAAAUGGAGGUUUUAGUAACCAAAGAGCACUUCAACAGCAAUUUUCGCAAUUCGGCCUAGGACAAGGUCAGGCGUCGACGAACGCGAACCAGGAGAUAAUGAGAGCCUAUCAACAGCAGCAAAUGAUGGCUCAGAUGGGUGGUAAUCCUCAAGCAGCCCAAGUGGCAAUGAUGAUGGCCGCCGAGGAACAUAAGCCGUUUAGAUGUCCGGUCAUUGGUUGUGAGAAGGCUUACAAGAACCAGAAUGGUCUCAAAUAUCACAAGACGCAUGGCCACCAAACUCAGCAACUACAUGAGAACGGAGAUGGUACAUUCUCAAUUGUAAAUCCGGAAACGUCCACUCCCUACCCAGGUACUUUGGGUAUGGAAAAAGAGAAACCCUACAAAUGUGAAGUCUGUGGCAAACGAUACAAGAACUUGAACGGACUUAAAUACCAUAAGCAACAUUCGCCACCUUGUAACCCUGAACUGAAGCUCAAUAGCCACAUGGCAGCUGCAGGCUUGGGCGGUAUUGGGGUCAACGUCGCCGGCUUGCCAGGCAUUGGUGAAGAAGGCAUGAUGUGA